AUGUUUGAGGGCCUCGUCUCAUGUCACACACAGUCCUGGGGUCCCGGAAUCCUCAUGAGAGGAACCACGGACACCGUGGGCUUUAAAUCGAAUCUAAACCAGUUUUCUGUUUUGUCUCUCCUGUCUGUGAUUUUAGGUGUCGAGCCUCCCACUCCUGCCGGCGGUCGGCUGGGCUCAGGUGCGGGGGGUUCGCCGUUCUACCGUGAGCUGUGGUUCAUUGUGCUGAUGGCUGGAGUCGCGCUAUUGCUGUUGGCUCUCAUUCUGGCUAUAGUGUUACACAAGGCUCUCAAUAAACCGCCAUUCACCCGCGAACGGCCGCCCCUCGUACCACUGCCGCUCCAUCGCCGCAGCCCGCUGGCUGUUUACCCACCCAGCAACUCCUACCUGUUCGACACAGUUCCAGAAACGGUGGGCUCUCCAAACAGCGUCACACUGAAGGCCUUCACCAUGCACUUGGAGGAGGUGAUUGAGAGUAAAGUGAUGGAGGAGGACCGUUCUGCUGAAGGUGAGGAUGGUUUGGUGACGGUCUCAGGUCUGUACACACAAAACCCUUUACAGCGCAGCGUCAGUCAGCUCAUCGACAAGAAAGACGAGGAAUCAUGGGAGCCGCACUUCAGACGCCUCGACAGUGGCCUGUUUGAAGGCGAGGAGUUUGUGGACACCAUCAAAGGCUUCAGCACAGUCAGGAAGGAACACACCAUGUUCACCGACACCAACCUUUGACCUUCAUCAUGACCUUUGACCUUCAUCAUCAGCACUUUCUCCAAACAUCAUCUCAGAACUGAGCGGAAAAUGAACUGAACUGUUUUGGUGAAUUCAGAACUGCUCUGGGACUCUAUGGACUCGUGACUCGUUUUUUUAUUUGAAGAAAACAGUGUUGUAAUUUUAUGACAAAUGUAAUAUUUAAGCAUUAAGCAGAAGAGGCCAGUGUUCCCUCUAAGCUGUGCUUCUUACGUCGCGACCACGCAGAAGAAAUAAUAUGCUGUGCACAGGACAGAUGCAAAAAUGAGUUGGGGAAAACCAUUUGAUUUAAUUCUAGGGAAUGUGAAAUAAUUGCAAUGCUCGGCGUAAACUGCUAUAGAUUUGGUGUGGCUAUAGAACCAGUGAAUGCGGUUUACAGGUUUCAUAGAAAGAGAAUGACGUGCGCCAAAUCAGUCGCUGUAGAGAUCGAAUACUUUAAUGGUUGUGGGACAAAUAGCUCAACACGAGAGAGCCAACGCAUAUGCAAUUAAAUGUGAAAUAAAAAUGUCAUGUUUUAAAGAGGAGUGGCUUAAUUAAGUAGUGGAAAUGAUGGGCACAGAACGGUAACAAAACU